AGUGCUUAUAGGUGCGAAGCAAAUGCCCGAGAACGAACUCGUGUGCAAACAAUUGCGGCCACUUUCGAUGAACUACGCGGAUUGUUACCGUGCGAUAGCGAAACGAAACUCUCAAAACUGGCCAUACUUCGAAUCGCCAGCAAAUACAUUCAGUAUUUGGCCGCAUUACUCGAUAAAGACUAUUCGGGCAAACAAUUCAGCGCAGAAAAGUGUCUACGCAUUCUUCACGAAACAAUCGAAUCUGAAUCACAUGUCAAACGAUAGCCGGCAAUCAUCGAGCACGCACCUAAUCGUCGUUUGCAUCACUGAUUCUAGUCGCAGUCGCAAGAAAUUAGCUCGCGAACACGGACGAAUGCAACCGAUUUGCAGUGUUGAUCAUCAAACCAGAACGUGA